AAUCGAAAACUGAAAAAUAAAAAUAAAAAAAUCGAAUCGAAAAUAUCAGCAAUAGACACUGAUUUAUCCUCUUGCGUGUGUAAGCAGACACAAGUAAGGGAACCAUUGAAUGGCUCAGUCUAGCUUCACUUCCACUGAUCUUGGAGCAAACCCAAAAGUGCAGCAGCAGAAGAAAAUUGUGAUACAAAAUGAGCAUGGUGAGAAUCUUGUGGGCUUAUUACAUGAGACUGGAUCUUUGGAGAUUGUGGUCAUGUGCCAUGGUUUUCGAUCCAACAAGGAAUUUAACGUUUUGGUGAACCUUGCUGCUGCUUUGGAAAAGGAAGGAAUUAGCGUCUUCCGCUUUGACUUUGCUGGGAAUGGGGAAAGUGAAGGGUCAUUUGAGUAUGGUAAUUAUCGGAGAGAAGCUGAAGAUUUGCGAGCUGUAGUUCAUCACUUUAGUGGAAUGAAUCAUCUGGUAACUGCAGUUCUUGGUCAUAGUAAAGGAGGGAAUGUGGUGCUUCUUUAUGCAUCUAAAUAUCAUGAUGUCCAUACCGUUGUCAAUCUUUCUGGCCGCUUUAAUCUGCAAAAUGGCUUGCAAACGCGUCUGGGUAAAGACUUUUUGGAGAGAAUAAAAAAGGAUGGAUUUAUAGAUGGUAAAACUAAACCAGGAGAAGCUAAUUACAGGAUAACCGAGGCCAGUUUGAUGGAUCGCCUCAACACAAACAUGAAAGAAGCUUGCGUACAAAUUGACAAAGAUUGCAGGGUCUUGACAGUCCAUGGAUCUGCUGAUGAAGUGGUUCCUGUUGAGGAUGCUUUGUCCUUUGGGAACACGAUCCCUAACCACAAGAUACACAUUGUUGAAGGGGCUGACCAUUGCUAUACCUCCCAUCAAGAUGAAUUAGCUCCAGUUGUCCUGCCAUUUAUCAAGGACGGCUUGCAGAAAGGCAAAAAUGCUUGAUCAUGUACUUCUGAUGCUUAUUAUAGAUAAAACUCCCGCAAUAAAUUUUCAGGAAGAUGGCAGGUCUUUUAUAAAGCCAGGCUAUGGUAAACACAAGUUACUAGUCAUCAACUUGAGCAUUCUGUAGUCCCUGAAUUUAAGACUACUCUGCUUCUUUCCUUCUCAGAAUUUGAAUUUCAGGUUGCCACCACCAAUAAGAUUACCGUGGGAUUUCUGUUUAUUAAAACUCUUGCAACUCUCUAUGUUAUUUAAUUGAAGUUCCA